GAGCCAUAGUGGGACCGCUAGGACUCACACCCAGCAUGGUACAUCUUAUGAUAUAGUUUGACUUGCAUCUUCUCUCCAAGGACUCGCUCUCUAUUCACAACAAUCUUUCCUCAUCAAUUUAUCGAAUAACAACCCAAGUCCGGUCCCAGCUUCUGGCUCAAUAUGUCGUCCCAUUCAGUUAAACGCAGGCGAUUGAGCCAUUCUACUCACAACGCUGUGCCAGGUGCUCAAAUUUCGGAGAAGAAUGGCCCUACCAUGAACCUACACCUCGAAUCACCACAUGAAAGCAUGCCCAUGAAAGCCACUCAAGACAGCGAAGUACCUGCUGUAAGCACCAAGAGACAAGGGACGCACACUGUCACGGCGGAGUUUGCGCUCGCCAGUGGCGUCUAUAAAUCCAGCUUCUUCAAGCUGCAAAUGGACGAGCUAUUGUCUGAGUUGAGGCCAAAUUAUGAUAGGCAUGUCGCAAAACUUCAGGGUACACUUCAUCAACUGAAGAGCAUCAUUGAACACAUUCCAGAGAAACCACCCCAAUCGGCAUGGGAUGCAGAGAAAGAGCUGCGUAGCAAACAUGGAAUCACGGUACCCUUUCCUGAGCCGCGGCCUGGCAGGGAAGCGAAAUAUCCCUUUACAUAUGCCAAACCCACGAAUGUCAAUGUGGUGGGCAGUCUAUCACUCCAAACCGGAGCCAAGAGCUCCAACCCAUUAAUGGUAGACUUGGCGGUGACAAUGCCCAGCGCUAUAUUUCAGGAAAAGGACUAUAUCAAUCACCGAUUUUUUCAUAAGCGGGCAUACUAUAUCGCCACCAUUGCCGCUGGAAUCAAGGCGGCCGCUGGCCUGAAUUUGCAUGUCAAGUUCGCACUUCAAGAUGGAGACAGCCUCCGACCUGUCAUUCUUAUCGAGCCGAUCACUUCAACUAAAAACAUGUCUUCUAAACUACGAAUCCGUGUCAUUACUGCUAUCGAAGAGACUUUGUUCCCUGUUUCACGAACUAUACCCCUGAGGAACAAUAUACGUCAAGGUGCAGCUGAUGGCUCCAUCUCUGAAGGCGCUACUCCGGUCUAUAAUGCGUCUCUUCGAUCGGAAGCUACGGUGGCACUCUACCACAAAUAUAUCCACUCCAAUAUCCGCAAAUGCGAUUCAUUCCAAGAUGCGUGUAUUUUGGGUCGGGCGUGGCUUCAACAGCGCGGAUUUGGGUCAUCAUAUCAAUCUGGCGGGCUCGGUGGCUUUGAGUGGACGGCUUUAAUGUCAUUACUGCUUGAGGGUGGCGGCCCUAAUGGCAAGCCAGUACUUCUGAAGUCUUACAGCAGCUAUCAGCUAUUCAAGGCAACACUGCAAUUUCUUGCCGGAAGAGACUUGACAAAUCCACUAGCGUUGUUCAUAGCCGACUUAUCAUUCCCUGGCGGCUCUCCUGUUUUGUACGAUGGCAAGCGAGGAUUGAAUAUCCUUUAUAAAAUGACUCUUUGGUCUUACGCUCUCCUCCGCCGGGAAGCAGAUGUGACAGUGAGAAUGCUAAACGAGUCUCGCGAUGACAACUUUGACAAAGUAUUUAUCCUCAAAGCGAACGAACCACUGCUGAGAUUCGAUCGGCUCAUUGAGCUACCAGCCAUAGCAAGCGGAAGCAGUCUCCAAGACCUUCAAAGCCAAAACAUGAUUUACGAAGUGUUGGUUAGGGCACUCGGCGACAGAGCCGGGCUCGUUCAUCUACGUGGCUGCGUCACGGAGCCCUGGCCAGUAGACACACGGCACAAUUGCAAAACGGCGCCUGGACACCUAAUUGUGGGUGUGGUGCUAGAUGCAGAGAAUGCGACACGUGUUGUGGAUCAUGGCCCAGCUGCAGAACAUAAAGAUGAAGCUGCAUCUUUUAGGUCCUUCUGGGGAGACAAGGCUGAGCUAAGGCGUUUCAAAGAUGGCAGCAUCAGGGAGAGCUUGGUCUGGUUGGAUUUAGCGACGGCGCCCUCGAUCAUAAAUCAGAUAUUGUUGUAUAUCUUGAAACGCCAUUUCAAUUACACUGAUUUCGAUAUCAAAAUUGUCGGUGAUGAAUUCGACGAGACACUUCGCAACAACGGAGACGGUGUUGUCUCAUACUCCAGCCCCUCCUUCCAGAAAAUACACGACGCUUUCAAUUCUUUGCAGCGGUCUGUUCAGGACAUGGAUGGAGUACCUUUGACGACCAGGCAUCUUGCACCUGCUGAUCCGCUUCUUCGAUAUACCGCUCUUCGUCUAAAGAGUGCACCUAAUAUGCCUUGUGGUCCCGUGGACAUUGUUCUCCAAUUUGAGAGCUCCGCUCGUUGGCCGGAUGACCUCGUGGCCAUACAGAUGACAAAGCUAGCCUUUCUUGUGAAAAUAGGCGACUAUCUACAGUCAUCCGGGGCUGCUCAUGCAUGUAAAAUAGGGCUUGAAGAUGUCUCAAGCAGAAUCUUGAACACUGCAUUCCUUGACAUCACUCAUUCGUCCAAUGUCCUCUUCCGCCUCAGAAUUCACCACGACAGAGAGCAGUUGCUCUUGGAACGUCAUUUGAAGGACAGAGAGGGCCAUCCUUCCAUGAGACAAGAGCUCGCAUACGCUCUGUCUGAAUAUAAGCGACAAUUUGUGCAAGCCCCUCGGCUUACACAGGCAAUUCGUACACUAUGCACGCGUUUCCCGCUUCUGUCGCCCACGAUUCGUCUUGUGAAGCAUUGGUUCAGUCAACACCUUCUUACAGAGCAAAUUCGAGAAGAAACUGUGGAACUACUGGUUGUUCGAGUCUUCACGCAGCCGUAUCCAUGGGGCACUCCUUCCAGUAUCAUGACUGGAUUUUUGAGGACUCUUCAGCUUCUUGCGCGGUGGGACUGGCAGCAGGAGGCUUUAAUGGUCGAUUUUGGAACACUAGACAAGGCUACAGUGGAGGUUAUACAGACUCGCUUUUCUGCCUGGCGAAAAAUAGAUCCGGCUAUGAACACGGUCAGCCUGUUUGUGGCUUCCGAUCUUGAUCCCGAUGGGGUGACAUGGACUCAAUACGAACAGCCUUCUAAGGUAGUGGCGGCUCGCAUGUGCACCUUGGCCAAGGCUUCCAUGGCAAUGCUACGAGAUCAUGGGUAUGGACUUAAUACAACCGAGUUGUUCCACACAUCCCUAGCCCCUUACGACUUCAUCAUCAAGCUUCGUUCCAAGCUGCUGCAUGAAAUCACUACAUCGCCAACCACCUUCAAACUUGCUGAUAAACGGGAGAAACUCCAGGCUAGUGGACCUGCAGUCGUCCAAUCCUUUGUUCAUGACUUGCGAGCGUGUUACAGCCCGAAUAUUCUUUUCUUUCACAGCGAGAUGAACCCCGGGGUUGUUGCAGGGUUAUGGAACCCUCAAGCUCUUCGAGCCAAAAGCUGGACGUUGAAAAUGGCCUACUCUACUUCUCUCACCAAGUUGGAAGAUGCAGAAGACAACGUCCAAGUGGUUAUCAACCGCCCGGCUAUUUUGAACGAAAUCUCGAGGUUGGGCAGCCUCAUGAUAGACAGCAUCGAAUUACAUGGCACAGACAAGAACCUGACGUAG